UCGCUCACUCAGAACUCACAAACCAAUCAGAAACGUCGUACGUGAAGCUCUCCAAGAGAUACUUACAGCACAUAUAAAACCGGGCGCCUGGUCUGUAACUCACAAGGACUUUUCCUCUUUCACACCAGGCACAGAGUGGGAAGGGUAGUUCUUAAACCCCAGUUUUCAUCAACUUCAGCUUGUUCUUUUCGUAGUAGUAAUUCAAGAUGUCCGGAGAUUUUAGCAAUGAUGUUGACUUUAAGUACCUAUGGGUCAACAGGAAGGCGCUGUUGAAGUCGUUGGAGGGCUUUGACGGCAAGAAGGCUUGCUGGGUUACCGAUCCGGAGGAAGGAUUCUCUCGCGGAGAAAUCGUUUCCUCACAGGGCGAUGACGUCACCGUCAAGAUCCUGAGGAACAACGAGUCCAAGACGUUUAAGAAGGAUGACCUCCAGCAGGUCAACCCUCCCAAGUACGAGCAGUGUGACGACAUGGCCAAUAUGACCUACUUGAACGAGGCCUCUGUGUUAAACAACCUCCGUCAGCGUUACGUCAACGGCUUCAUCUACACCUACUCGGGCCUGUUCUGCGUGGCUGUGAACCCCUACCGUCGUCUGCCCAUCUACCAAGACUCGAUCAUUGAAAAGUACCGCGGAAAGAGGAAGAUGGAAAUGCCCCCUCACUUGUUCGCCGUGGCCGAUUACGCCUUCCAAAACAUGUUGCAGGAUCGCGAGAACCAGUCCUGUCUUAUUACUGGAGAGUCUGGUGCGGGAAAGACUGAGAACACGAAGAAGGUCAUCAUGUACUUCGCCAAGGUCGCCGCUUCCCAGCAGAAGACAGAUGAAGCUGGACAUGACUCUAAAAAGGGUUCCCUCGAGGAUCAGAUUGUGCAGGCCAACCCUGUACUUGAGGCUUACGGUAACGCCAAGACCACGAGGAACAACAACUCCUCCCGAUUCGGUAAAUUCAUCCGUAUCCACUUUGGCCCAUCUGGUAAAAUCGCCGGUUGUGACAUCGAGCAUUAUCUGCUCGAGAAGUCUCGUUGCACUUACCAGCAGUCUGCCGAGAGAAACUACCACAUCUUUUACCAGUUGUGUACCAACGUGUACCCCAAGUAUCAUGAACUCUGCUUGCUGUCUCCGGAUCCCGGCCUUUACUCUUACGUAAACCAGGGCGUGCUCACUGUUGAUGGUAUCGAUGACGAAGAGGAAAUGAAGGCCACUGAUGAAGCCUUUGACGUGCUCGGCUUCAGCCAGGAUGAGAAGAACAGCAUGUACAAGUGCACGGCUGCCAUCAUGCACUUUGGUGAGAUGAAGUGGAAGCAGAACCCCAGAGAGGAACAGGCUGAGGCCGAUGGAACCGGAGAGGCUGAGAAGGUUGCUUUCCUUUUGGGCGUCAACAGUGGAGACCUGCUUAAGGGUCUGCUGAAGCCUAAGAUCAAGGUCGGCACUGAGUUUGUCACUCAAGGCCGUAACAAGCAGCAGGUGGUCAACUCCGUAGGCGCUAUGUCGAAAUCGAUUUACGACAGGAUGUUCAACUGGCUUGUAAAGAGAGUCAACCUAACCCUUGAUACCAAAAAACCAAGGAACUACUACAUUGGUGUGCUGGACAUUGCUGGUUUCGAAAUAUUUGACUACAACAGUUUUGAGCAACUGUGCAUCAACUACACGAACGAGAGGCUGCAGCAGUUCUUCAACCACCACAUGUUUGUGCUGGAACAGGAGGAGUACAAGAAGGAAGGCAUCCAGUGGGAGUUCAUCGACUUCGGUAUGGACCUCCAGGCCUGUAUCGAGCUUAUUGAAAAGCCUAUGGGUAUCCUUUCCAUUCUGGAAGAAGAGUGCAUGUUCCCUAAGGCAUCUGACAAGACCUUCGAGGACAAGCUGAUUACGAACCAUCUUGGCAAGUCCAAGGCCUUUGGUAAGGUAACCAAGAGCAGGAAGGGAGGCAGCAACGCCCACUUCGAACUUGGACACUACGCCGGCGCUGUGCCAUACAGCAUCACCAACUGGCUUGAGAAGAACAAGGAUCCGCUGAACGAGACCGUUGUUGGGAUCCUGGCAGAUUCAAAGGAGCCUCUGGUAGGCACUCUCUAUGAAAAGCCAAAGGAGGAGGCCAGUGGUGGUGCUGGCAAGAAGAAGAAGUCCAGUGCCUUCCAAACCAUCUCUUCUGUGCACAGGGAGUCUCUGAACAAGCUGAUGAAGAACCUGUACAACACCCAUCCCCACUUUGUGCGCUGUAUCAUCCCCAACGAGGUGAAGACCCCCGGCAUGAUUGAAGCUGCGCUUGUCCUCAACCAGCUCCAGUGUAACGGUGUGCUUGAGGGUAUCCGUAUCUGCAGGAAAGGUUUCCCAAGCAGAAUAAUGUACCCUGAAUUCAAGCAGAGAUACUCCAUCCUUGCCGCCAGCGCAUUGCCCGAGGGCUUCGUUGAUGCCAAGGUUGCCACUGAGAAGUGCCUGAGCGCCAUCCAGGUCGACCCCAACGACUACAAGAUCGGUAAUACCAAGGUCUUCUUCAAGGCUGGUGUCUUGGGUAACCUUGAAGACAUGCGUGAUGAACGUCUGUCCGGCAUCGUAUGUUUGUUCCAGGCACACAUCAGAGGCUGCCUCAUGAGGACGCAGUACAAGAAGCUCCACGACCAGAGGACUGCUCUUGAGAGGAUUCAGAGGAACAUUAGGAAGUGGAUGGCAAUAAAGAACUGGCAGUGGUGGAAGCUUUACGUGAAGGUGAAACCUCUGCUGAACGCCGCCCGUGCUGAGGAUGAGGUGAAGAAGAUGGAAGAGGAUUUCAAAAAGACGAAAGAGGAACUGGCUAAGGUUGAAAAGAUCAAGAAGGAGCUUGAGGAGAGAUGUGUUGUGCUUGCCAGGGAAAAGGAAAACAUGGCUCUUCAGCUUGCUACCGAGGGUGACACUCUUGGCGACAUGGAGACAACCAUUGAAAACCUCACUCAGCAGAAGUUUGACUACGAGGCCCAGCUGAAGGAAUACGAAGAGAACAUUGCUGCCAUCGAGGGUUCUGCCUCAGACCUGGAAGGUGUCAAGGCUAAGCUUGAAGAGAAGACUGCUCAGCUUCAGCAGAACAUUGAGGGUCUUGAAGAUUCUCUGAAGAAGGCUGAACACGAAAAGCAGCACAAGGACAGCCAGAUCAGGACCCUCCAGGGUGAGAUGUCCGCCCAGGAUGAGACCAUUGGCAAGCUCAACAAGGACAAGAAGAAUUUGGAAGAUACUGUCAAGAAGACCCAGGACUCCCUAAAGGCCGAGGAGGACAAGGUCAACAACCUCAACAAGCUCAGGCAGAAACUCGAGGCCACACUCGAUGAGAUUGAGGACAACCUUGAACGUGAGAAGAAGGUUCGUGCUGAUGUGGAGAAGGCCAAGAAAAAACUUGAAGGUGACCUCAAGGCCACUCAAGAAAAUCUUGAGGAAAUCGAGCGUGUCAAGUCUGAACUAGAUGGUAACAUCAAGAAGAAGGAGAAUGAGAUCAAGACCCUGAACCAAAAGCUAGAAGAGGAACAGGGACUGGUGGCCCAGCUUCAGCGCAAGAUCAAGGAGCUCCAGGCCCGAAUUGAGGAGCUGGAAGAGGAACUGGAAGCUGAAAGGCAGAACAGGUCUAGGGUUGAAAAGCAGAGGCAGGAGAUUACCCGUGAGCUUGAAGACAUCGCUGAAGCUCUUGACGACCAGGGCGGCCAGACAGCGGCUCAGAUGGAGUUGAACAAGAAGCGGGAAGCCGAGAUCCAGAAGUUGCGACGUGACCUCGAGGAACAGGCACUGCAGAGCGAGUCCACCAUCGCCACCCUGAGGAAGAAGGCACAGGACUCCGCCAACGAGAUGGCCGACCAGAUCGACCAGCUCCACAAGGUCAAACAGAGAGUUGAGAAGGAGAAGGGACAACUAAAGCACGAGAUUGCUGACCUCAAGGACCAGGUUGUCAAUGCCUCAAAGAAGGGAGGUAUGUCUGAGAAAAUGAGCAAGCAGGUCGAGACCCAGAUCUCAGAAUUCAACUCGAGACUUGACGAGAGCGCUCGCAGCAUCCAGGACCUCAACGCCACCAGGGCGCGCCUCCAGGCCGAGAACGGCGACCUGAGUCGCCAAGUGGAGGAGGCUGAGAGCAGCAUCAAUCAGCUCAACCGUGAGCGCUCCAACCUGGUCGUUCAGCUGGAAGAGGCCCGCCGUAACGUCGAUGAUGAGAUGAGGGCACGGCAGAAACUUUCCAGCGAGCUGCGCAACCUAAUGGCUGACCUUGACAACCUUCGCGAGCAGUUGGAGGAAGAGGGUGAAGCCAAGACCGACCUCCAGAGGCAGCUGUCCCGCGCAAACGCCGAGGCAAACGCCUGGAGGGUCAAGUAUGAGUCCGAGAGCAUGGCCCACGCUGAAGAACUGGAGGAAACUCGCCGAAGGUUGACCGUCAAGCUCCAGGACAACGAGUCCGCUCUGGAUACCGCCAACAACAAGAUCAGUGGUCUUGAGAAGAACAAGAGUCGGCUGCAAAUGGAACUCGAAGACGCUGUUUUGAACUCUGACCGCUCCAACGCAGCCGUCACCGCCUUGGAAAAGAGGAACAAAUCCUUCGACAAGACCAUUAGCGAGUGGCAGCUGAAGGUCCGCAGCCUCCAGUCUGAACUCGAAAACACACAGAAAGAGUCCCGCAGCUACAGCACCGAGCUGUUCCGCGUGAAGACCCAGUACGACGAGAUCAUCACUACGGUUGACUCACUGAGACGCGAAAACAGCAACCUUUCCACUGAGCUGUCUGAGGUGAACAACCAGCUGUCCGAGGGCAGCAGAAGCGUGCACGAGGUGGAUAAGACGCGCCGUCGCCUGGAGAUGGAGAAGCAGGAGCUGCAGACCGCCCUCGAGGAGGCUGAGUCUUCCCUGGAGCAGCAGGAGGCCAGAGUUGCACGCGCCCAGCUCGAGAUCCAGGGCAUCCGCUCAGAGAUCGACCGCAGGAUCGCCGAGAAAGAGGAAGAGUUCGAGAACACCAGGCGCAACAACGCUCGUCAGCUCGAGUCCGUGCAGGCGACACUCGACGCUGAAUCCAAGGGCAAGGCUGAAGCCAUGCGCACACGCAAGAAGCUUGAAUCUGACAUCAACGAAUUGGAGGCUGCCCUUGACGCCGCCAACCGUUCCCGCGCCGAGAUGGAAAAGAACGCCAAACGCUUCCAGGAGCAGUCCAGAGAAUUCCAGUCCGCCAUUGAUGAAGAGAGGCGCAAGACAUCUGAAUCCCUUGAGAACGUUCAAAUUGCCGAGCGCAAGGUGACCAUCAUUAUGAACGAGUGCACCGAGAUCCGCUCCGCCCUCGAGUCUGCGGAGAGGUCCCGCAAGGCAGCUGAGAACGAGUUAGUCGAGGCCACCGACCGCGUCAAUGAGCUUACAUCCCAGAUGCAGGGCAUAGUCAGUGCCAAGAGGCAUCUGGAGGCUGACAUCAGCGCAAUGUCCGCCGACCUCGAAGAAAUGAGUUCCGAGGUGCGCCGCGCUGACGACCAGUGCAAGAAAAUGACAAUCGACAUCAACCGUGCCUAUGAAGAGCUCCGCUCCGAAAAGGAGCAUACCUCCCAGCUUGAGAGGAUCCGUAAGACGAUGGAGACCGAGAUCCGUGAAGUCACUCUGCGCCUCAGCGAGGCCGAGUCCAAGUCCCUCAAGGGAGGUAAAUCACUCAUCGCCAAGCUGGAAGCCAGAGUUGUGGACCUUGAAUCCGAACUUGACAGCGAGCAGCGCCGCCACGCGGAGACUCAAAAAAAUGCCCGCAAGGCCGACCGCCGCCUCAAGGAACUCGCCUUCCAGGUUGAUGAAGACCGCAAGAACCAAGAGCGUCUCCAGGAGCUCAUCGACAAACUCCAUGGCAAGAUCAAGUCUUACAAGCGAAUGGCAGAGGAAGCCGAGGAAGUUGCCUCGAUUAAUCUCGCUAAGUACCGCAAGGUUGCCGAAGAGCUCGAGAACGCCGAAGAUCGCGCCAAUUUUGCCGAGAACUCCUUGCAGAAGUCACGCCUAGCAACUCGCAGCCAGUCAGCGUCCCAAGUUACAGGCAGCACCGUUGUGAGGACACGCAAGGUCGUCGUCAAGGAGGUUUAAACUUCCGCUUGUGACACACCGUAUACGAUUAUGGAAACAACAAAUGACGAGAUCUGCAUUUCCUCUGCAUUUGGUUUAUCCUUAGACAGCAACAUAUUUCCCACCACUGAGGGGGAUGGAAAACAAAGUACAGAGAAACAACUCAAUAACCAAAGACAUCGAAACAAACGACAAUACCAAACAAAUUGUGUUCUUUCGACCUUGAUCACGUUGUUGAAAUAUACAUGUAAAACACUGAAACUGUGUUUACAAAGAAAGUGUAUUAAGCUUUGAAAUGUGCCGAAAUAAGCUUUCGUUUAUAACAUGAGACAUUACAUAUUUUAUCUGUGCCAAGAUAGUUGAACACGAAACGAAAGUGACGUUCUGUUAUUUGUUAGACUAAUCACUUCACGUUGAUUUUUUAUGAUUAAGAAUGUCAACGUUUUACUAACUAUUUUCGUAUCUCUGUACUGGCUUUAUAGUUAAUAUUCCACGGUAUUUUCUGAUAAGCCAUGUGUAUGAACCCUCAGUGGGAGAUUAUUUAUUAAUUAUGUAUUUAUUUAUUUAUUUAUUUGUUCAAAUACAGUUAGGUUAGUCGAAUGUGAGCAUUCAUUUGGUGUUAAAUCCAUUAGUAUCAUUGAAUGUCAAGCAUUUGUGAACUCAAACCUACUGUUUGUAUCGUUAAAAUUUAUCCUAAUAAAAACAAACAAUUAAAUA